GUCUUUAUACGUGACCUGUCAAACAGAGGAUAAACGUAAUUUAACCUCAAUGUUUAAUUAGAUUAGAACUGUAUAUAUUAAUAUAUUUUUGGUUAUAUUUUUGAAGUAAAACAUUUAGAAAAAUGUCUGCGAUGAUAACUGCGGAUUGGUUUCCUUUAGGACGUGACAUAUACUUUCGAAAAUUUGAACUAUAUCCACUUACUUUCCAAAAUGAAGUCAGCAAUACCAAUUUAAUAGCAGCAGCUCCUUACGGAGGUUCUUUAGCAAUUACCAGACAUCCUAAAAAAUUAGUUAAGAUUCAAGGAACCAAUAAACCUGUAAUAUUGAUUUAUACUUCGGCAGGAAAAUUAACAGCCAAGUUUCAGUGGAACAGUGGACGAUUAGUUCUUUUGGGUUGGUCUCAACAAGAAGAAUUACUUUGUGUCCAAGAUGAUGGCAUGGUUCUUAUUUAUGACAUGUUUGGGACAUAUCAGCAUACUUUUGGCAUGGGAAAUGAAGCAAAAGAUACCAAGGUUAUAGAAGCUAAAUUUUUUACAACUCCUGUUGGUACAGGAGUUGCUGUUUUAACAUCUGCAUAUCGAAUUUUUUUGGUAACUAAUACAUCGGAACCAAAAAUUAGACGAAUUUCUAAUAUACCACGAAUUGGUGGCUCCAUUGAUUGUUGGCUUGUAGUGCAUUAUGACAGAGAAACUCAAAUUAUUUUCUCUAAUGGAGAUGGUAUAUUUUUUAUGCAUCAACCUUACACAAAUACUACAUCAAUACCAUUUAGUAAUUUGUUUAAUAAUAAAAUAAAUAAUGUAUAUGCAAUGGCUGUAUCUCCGAAUAAUCGUCAUAUUGCUCUUUAUGCAGACACUGGUCAUUUAUAUAUUGGUUCAUUUGAUUUUAAAGAAAAAUACUGUGAGUGCGCUACACACAUGACUGAACCAUUAUCUUGCAUAGCAUGGUGUGGAACAGAAGCUGUAAUUUGUAGUUGGAAUAGUAUAGUAAUGGUUGUAGGAAGAUCAGCUGAAACUAUAGUUUAUACUUAUGAUGGACCAGUAUAUCUUAUUCCAGAAAUUGAUGGAGUACGUGUUUUAUCGAAUUCCUCUCAUGAAAUGAUACAAAAAGUUCCAAAUGUUGUACUGAAAAUAUUUAGAAUAAAUUCGACAGAUCCUGCAUCAUAUUUGUUGGAGGCAUCCAAGCAAUUUCAAAAGAAAAGUCAUAAAGCUGAUAGCUAUAUUGAUUUGGUCAAAGAUAAAUUAGACGCGGCUAUAAUAGCUUGCAUUGAUGGAGCGAGUCAUGAAUUUGAUUUUCAAACGCAAAAAUUAUUAAUAAGGGCAGCUAAAUUUGGUAAAGGAUUUAGUAAAACAAUGAAUCCUGAUAAUUAUGUUAGUAUGUGCAGAACAUUGAGGGUACUUAAUGCAGUAAGACAUCCAUCAAUUGGAAUACCAUUAACAUGUAUACAACUUAAUAUUUUAACGAGCCAAGUGUUAUUGGAUCGAUUAGUAGCAAGAAGGCAUUAUUAUUUAAGCAUACAAAUAGCACGUCAUCUUCAACUUCCUGAAAUAGAUGGAGAAAGUAGAAUUUUAGCACACUGGGCUUGUUAUAAGGUCAAACAAACUCGAUUAGACAAAGAACAAAUAGCAGAAGAAAUAGCUGAUAAAUUAGGAUAUGCUCCUGGUGUAUCAUAUAGUGAAAUUGCAAAAAGGGCAGCAGAUUGUGGUAGAAAGCAAUUAGCUAUUAAAUUGAUAGAUUAUGAACCACGUGCUCAUUUACAAGUACCUUUGUUACUUACACUUGGUGAAGAACGAGCUGCAUUACAUAAAGCUGUCGAAAGUGGUAAUACUGAUCUCGUUUACACUGUUAUACUUCAUCUUCGAGAAAAUAUGACACUUGGAGAUUUUCAAAUGUCUAUAAUGCAUUGUCCUUUAGCAAUGGCAUUAUAUAUAAAAUAUUGCCAAAAUCAUAAUCGAGAAACAUUACGAGAUAUUUAUAAUCAGUAUGAUGAUUUCCAUUCGCAAGCAAUAUGGUUUAUUACAGAAAGUUAUCAACAAAAGAGUGCACGGGAUACAUUGCUUCAAUCAGCACAAGAAAAUUUUAAAUUAGCUCGUAAUGAUACAAAUGCUGCUUUGACAGAAGAACAAAUUAAACUAUUACGUUAUCAAAGAUCUUUAGAAGAAACAUUACAUAAAACAAUGGUAGGAAAAUCUCUUCAUGACACAGUCAAAAUAUUAUUACUUCAAAAUGAAUUGAAGCUUGCAGAUAAAUUAAAAUCAGAAUAUCGAAUCCCUGAACGCAGAUAUUGGUGGUUACGAAUUCAGUGUCUUGCAGAAAAAGGUCUUUGGAAUGAAUUAGAAAAAUUGUCAAAAAGUAAAAAAUCUCCAAUUGGUUACGAGCCAUUUAUUGAUCAGUGUUUAAAAUAUAAUCAAGAACAAAAAGGAAAAAUAUAUUUGCCAAGAGUGCAAGAAGAAUUAAAAGUAAAAUAUCUUGUUAAAUUGAAAAUGUUGAGUGAAGCAGCCCAAACAGCAGCAGAGCAAAAAGAUGUUUCUGCUCUAACGUUUGUAUUAGCACAAUGUGGACCGUCGGAAAAAAAAUUAAUAGAUAAAAUCAAUAUGCUUAUUACAAGUAUAAAAAAUUAAUGAGUACUAUCUGUGCGAAAACUAUGUAAUAUACUUUAUUAUAUAUAAAAAUUUAUCUGACUGAAAA